UGCCGCCUGCUGCUGUGCUGGCUGAGUUUUGACUACCUUCUGAAUCCUGGGCUCUCAGUUACAUCUUUACAGCCUCUGACUGCUUUACGUGACACGGUGACUUCCAGAGCACAAGUUGCUCUGACUUCAGCGAUCACACAGAGUCAUAAAGUUCAGACAGGAGGUGUGUGUUGCAUUUGCACUGGCAACAGAUUCUGCCCCGAGCCGUGAAGGGAACAGCAACGCAAGGCCAAGCUCACUUCUACGCACCUGAAAGCACCACAGAGCGACCAUCAUGGCAAACAGGGGUCCAGCAUACGGCCUAAGCCGCGAGGUUCAGAGUAAGAUUGAUAAGAAGUACGACCCAGAACUGGAGGAGAGGCUGGUGGAGUGGAUCGUUGCCCAGUGUGGCCCCGGAGUUGGCCGGCCCGAGCCAGACAAGACCGGCUUCCAAAAGUGGCUCAAGGAUGGAUGUGUACUCUGUGAGCUCAUCAACAGCCUGCAUGGAGCCAACAAACCAAUAAAGAGCGUUAAAACCUCCAGUAUGGCCUUCAAGCAGAUGGAGCAAAUCUCCAUGUUCCUUAAGGCUGCAGAAAGCUACGGAGUCAUCAAAACGGACAUGUUCCAGACUGUGGAUCUUUAUGAAAGCAAGGACUUGGCUGCCGUUCAGAGGACCCUGCUGGCCCUGGGUAGUUUGGCUGUCACAAAGAAUGAUGGCAACUACAAAGGAGAUCCCAACUGGUUCCCCAAGAAGUCGCAGGAGAACAGGAGAGAUUUUUCGGAGGAUCAGCUGAACGAAGGCAGGAACGUCAUCGGCCUUCAGAUGGGCACAAAUCGGGGAGCGUCUCAAGCUGGUAUGACGGGUUACGGACGGCCGAGGCAGAUCAUCAACAACAACCCCUGAAGGAGGGCAGUUUUUAUCCCUUCCUCCUGUCCUCUGAGAGGGACAGAGAAGCUAUGACUCUGACUCUGGCCAUUGGGGAGAAAAGUGACCUUCCAGUUUAAGGCAAAACUGGACCAGGUUAGGGACCAAAGAGAACAUGUGCACAUAUGCAACACACAUUACAUUGAGACCUUAAGCUGAUUUCUAAAGCUUGGUACAUUGUAGAUUUAUAGCUACCCUCUGCCCGUCUCUCAAGAAUUAUGUUUUUAAAGCCAUUGUUGCAUGUUUCACUCAAGACCUGUAAGGGAAUGCUUUGAUUUUUCUGAAAUUGAGGUUUUGUGGAGAGGUUAUGAGCGGAUACUAUCUUGCCUGUAAUGGGCAACACUGUAAAGGUUUUCAUAUUGGUGAAUUAGGAUUAGAUUUCCUUGGAUGCCAAACCUAACAGCUAGUCAGAGUUAGGCCAAUACCAAUGGACAACUGCCAUCUAAACUUUUUUUUUAAUUGCUUCUUGAAGGUUUGUGUGAAUGCUGUUUUGUAAAUCUUUAAACCACGAUGGAAUUUGUAUCAGAAUUAUUUACACAGAAGUCAAUUGUUUUUCAAUUAGUGGUUUAUCACAAUAACCUUCUCGUGUGACGCACACUGAUAGAUGGAUCACAUUAGGCUUAUCCUGUCAUUUACUAAAUUGCUCCGAUGUAACAGCAUAACUUAAUUCUGACUUCACCGGUAGGACAGCUCUAAGAUUGCUUAACAUGAUUCAUUUUGCAAUAAGUGUUUCACAUGACAAAACUGAUGUGACAAACGGGCUUCUAUGCAAAUACAGCCUGAUGCAACCAUGAUAGUGGUUUAAGGGUUGAUUUUAAUAUUUGCAUAAACUGUUGAGACUACUUGUUUGAAGAUGGCAUGAAUUCACUUUGAUUUGGGCCUAUUUGGAUUAGCCAUUAGCUUGAGUCUACAGGGAAAACUGUCCAAUGAGAAAUACUUCCUGCAGUAAACCUAUUCACGGCUCAUAACCUCGCCACGAAAACCCCCCCAACAAAAAUAAAUGUUUUGUUUUUUCUGUGAAUGGAAUAAUUAAAAAUUGUUUUCUUACUGUUCAUCCUUUCAGUGAAGUUGGAAAAAAAUGUCAGAUGCAACACCCAAUUCUCCCUGUUUUCCUCUUCAACAUUGUUAUUGUAACCAAUAAGCAGCUCCUUUUUUUUUUUUUUUUUU